UUUUUUUUUUUUUUUUAAAUGUGGGCAGGGAGCUCGGCUCUCCCCGUGCCACCCUGGGAUCCGCCUGGCAGCCGCCGGCAGCCGCAGCCGAGGUGCGGGGACUCCAGGUGCUGCGGGGCGCGGAGCCGGCCUGCGCCCUCCCUCCCGCCGUGGCGCUCGGCGGCGUCACCUGCUCUCCCGGCCCUGCCCCGGGGCCCUGGGAAUCGGCCAGCCUCUCAAAUGAACCUCUAGGCUUGCUUUGAAAAAGCCGUUUUGUGUAACUCUUUGACUGAAUAAUUUCCUAAUACACCUGUUGCGUGGAUCACUGACACAGUAUGCUCUUUGAGAGGUACUUUUCCUUGACCACAUACUGGUGAUUAGAGAAGAGAGGCAUUUUAUUUUCAUCCCCUGAUCAUUAUGAACACUGGCUUUUCACCCUGAAAUAAAAAUGUUGAAAACCGAGUCUUCAGGCGAGCGAACCACUCUCAGAAGUGCCUCUCCUCACAGGAAUGCGUAUAGGACUGAGUUCCAGGCACUGAAAAGUACCUUUGACAAACCCAAGUCCGAUGGGGAACAAAAAGCAAAAGAAGGUGAGGGCUCCCAGCAGAGCAGGGGGAGGAAGUAUGGCUCCAAUGUCAACAGAAUUAAAAACCUAUUCAUGCAGAUGGGUAUGGAGCCCAAUGAGAACGCCGCAGUCGUUGCCAAAACAAGGGGCAAAGGUGGGCCUUCGUCCCCUCAGAGAAGAAUGAGGCCCAAAGAAUUCCUGGAGAAAACAGAUGGCUCCGUUGUGAAGCUGGAGUCCUCUGUUUCAGAGCGAAUUAGUAGGUUUGACACAAUGCACGAUGGCCCCUCGUAUUCUAAGUUCACAGAGACUCGCAAGUUGUUUGAGAGAAGUGUGCACGACUCGGGGCAAAACAACCGUUACUCCCCAAAGAAAGAGAAGGCUGGGGGGAACGAGCCUCAGGAUGAAUGGGGGGGCUCGAAGUCCAACAGAGGCAGUACCGACUCCCUGGACAGCCUCAGCUCCCGGACAGAGGCUGUCUCCCCAACUGUGAGCCAGCUGAGUGCAGUGUUUGAGAACACCGAUUCCCCCCAUUCCAUCCUUUCUGAGAAGGCUGAGCAUGAAUACUCAGUGACUGGGCAUUAUCCCCUGAAUUUGCCAGCUGUGACAGUCACAAAUCUUGACACCUUCAGUCGUCUUAAGGAGUCUGAUUCUUGCACGCCCCCGCGCAAACACGGUGACGAGGAUGCGGAGGAUGCUCAGAAGAGUCACGCGUCCCCCGUGCCACAAGUGGUUUCGAAAAGUACCUCUCUAGCUUUGACACCUAGCGAACAGGCAGAGCAGAGCAAGGAAGCCGAGGACUCCACACCUAACCAAGAGACUCCCGGCGGGGUUGACGGAGACGUCCCCGGAGAACCUUGUGCUGAGAAUAAGGCAGUGCCAGGGUCUGACAUCCUCUCCCCCCAGGGUGAGCCUUUGGGAGGUGCCAAAGCCAAUUUGGUUGGGAACGAGGCAGCGAUGAUGCUACGGAGGAAGGAGCUUGCAGGUGGUGAUUUUAUCUCUGCUGAUGCUUCUGGACCCAGCUAUGGGAAGGAAGUACCUGAAGAUUCAAGUCAUAUUGAGAGCCCCCACGUUUACAUGCACAGUGACUAUAAUGUAUAUAGGGUGAGAUCCAGGUAUCAUUCCGACUGGCGAGAGACAGGCACUGAGCAGGACGAGCAGGAGGACAGUGAUGAAAACAAUUACUAUCAACCUGACAUGGAGUACUCGGAAAUCGUCGGACUGCCAGAAGAAGAAGAGAUCCCCACAAAUAGGAAAAUUAAGUUUAGUAGUGCUCCAAUUAAGGUUUUCAGCACAUACUCCAAUGAAGACUAUGACAGGAGAAAUGAUGAAGUUGACCCUGUGGCUGCUUCAGCUGAGUACGAACUUGAAAAGCGUGUAGAAAAGUUGGAACUUUUCCCAGUGGAACUGGAAAAAGAUGAGGAUGGACUUGGCAUAAGUAUUAUUGGAAUGGGUGUUGGAGCAGAUGCUGGACUUGAAAAGCUGGGGAUAUUUGUCAAGACAGUAACAGAAGGUGGUGCUGCUCAGCGGGAUGGCAGAAUACAAGUCAAUGAUCAGAUUGUAGAAGUGGAUGGAAUCAGCUUGGUGGGAGUCACACAGAAUUUUGCUGCAACAGUUCUCAGAAACACCAAGGGCAACGUCAGAUUUGUUAUUGGGCGAGAAAAACCAGGACAAGUGAGUGAGGUUGCGCAGUUGAUCAGCCAGACGCUGGAACAAGAAAGGCGCCAGAGAGAGAUGCUUGAGCAGCACUACGCCCAGUAUGACGCCGACGACGAUGAGAACACGGUGGCUGACUUGCAAGGAGUGUCUGGCAACUGCAAUAACAAUAACAACUAUUCCCUUAAGACAGGAGAAUAUGCCACCGAUGAAGAGGAGGAUGAGGAAGGAACCACCCUGCCCAGCAGUGACGUGGCCAUUGAAGUCUUUGAGCUGCCUGAGAACGAGGACAUGUUCUCCCCGUCAGACCUGGACACGACCAAACUCAGUCACAAAUUCAAAGAGUUGCAAAUCAAACACGCAGUUACAGAAGCAGAGAUUCAAAAAUUGAAGACCAAGCUGCAAGCAGCAGAAAAUGAGAAAGUGAGGUGGGAACUAGAAAAAAACCAACUCCAACAGAAUAUAGAAGAGAACAAAGAAAGAAUGUUGAAGUUGGAGAGCUACUGGAUCGAGGCUCAGACCCUGUGCCACACAGUAAACGAACACCUCAAAGAGACUCAAAGCCAGUAUCAGGCCUUGGAAAAGAAAUACAACAAGGCGAAGAAACUGAUCAAGGAUUUUCAGCAAAAAGAACUUGAUUUCAUCAAGAGACAGGAAGCAGAAAGGCAGAAAAUAGAAGAUUUGGAAAAGGCUCAUGUUGUGGAAGUUCAAGGCCUGCAAGUGCGGAUCAGAGAUUUGGAGGUUGAGGUGUUCAGGCUGCUGAAGCAAAACGGGACUCAAGUGAACAACAACAACAACAUCCUCGAGAGGGGAACACCGCUCGGAGAAGUCUCUCGGGGAGACACCAUGGCGAACGUGGAUGCGAAGCAGAUGUCCUAUCCAGACGGCCUGAGUCAAGACUUGAACGAAGCGGUCCCUGAGACAGAGCGCCUGGAUUCGAAAGCCCUGAAAACCCGAGCCCAGCUGUCCUUGAAGAGCCGACGCCAGAGGCCCUCCAGGACAAGGCUCUAUGAUAGUGUCAGUUCAACAGACGGGGAAGACAGUCUAGAGCGAAAGCCUUCAAACAGUUUCUGUAACCACAUGCACAUUACCAAAUCACUUCUGCCCAAGGGUUUGCGAACUUCUUCUCCAGAAUCAGAUUCUGGUGCUUCAUCCCUCACUUCCGAGGCUGUCAGUAUGCCCUUCUCCAAGUCUGACCAGAUAACUGAAUCUCAAGGACCCCUGCACCCAGAGAGGGAGCCUUCCUCCUCUACUUGGGGAGACAGUUCACUCUCCUCUCCUUCAAAAUCUGAUCAUGAAAUUGAAGAAUCUCCUUGCCAUCAUCAAGCCGCCACCAAGAAAAUAUCUCAAGAAAAAGACGGUGCCAAAGGUCCCAAAUCACUAAGGGCGUCCAGUUCAUUGGCGGUGCAAGGAGGGAAAAUUAAGCGGAAGUUUGUGGAUCUGGGGGCACCAUUGCGAAGGAACUCCAACAAGGGAAAGAAAUGGAAAGAAAAAGAAAAAGAAGCCAGUAGGUUUUCUCCAAGUAGCAGGUACGGGAUCUUCAGAGGCAGGCUGGACCACUGGAAAGCGAAGCCCUCUGCUGCAGCGCCGGCUGCCCCUCGCUCACCUUGCAUGCCUUUCUCCUGGUUUCAAGAGAGCCGAAAAGGAUCCUAUUCCUUCAGGAACCUGCCUUCACCUCCAAGUCCCCUCCAGCCUUCUCCUGAAACUCUAAUUUCAGAUAAAAAGGGGUCCAAGAACUUUACCUUCAACGAUGACUUCAGUCCCAGUAGCACCAGCUCGGCAGACCUGAGCGGCCUGGGAGCGGAGCCCAGAACCCCGGGGCUCUCUCAGUCCCUGGCGCUGUCGUCAGAUGAGAGCCUGGAUAUGAUAGAUGACGAGAUCCUUGAUGACGGACAGUCUCCCAAGCACAGUCAGUGUCAGAAUCGGGCCGUUCAGGAGUGGAGUGUGCAGCAGGUUUCUCACUGGCUCAUGAGCCUAAAUCUGGAGCAGUAUGUAUCUGAAUUCAGUGCCCAAAACAUCACUGGAGAGCAACUCCUGCAGUUGGAUGGAAAUAAACUGAAGGCUCUUGGAAUGGCAUCAUCGCAGGACCGAGCAAUGGUCAAAAAAAAGCUCAAGGAAAUGAAGAUGUCUCUAGAGAAGGCUCGGAAGGCUCAAGAGAAAAUGGAGAAGCAGAGAGAGAAGCUGAGGAGGAAGGAACAAGAGCAGAUGCAGAGGAAAUCUAGGAAGUCAGAAAAGAUGGCAGUAGAGGGUGCUGGGGAGCAGUAACACACCUCUUCUAGGCGGGUUGCUCCAAGAGAGGGCCCACCUCUUCCUGCCCCUCUCUCCUCUAGGGGAAUGAAGAGGAAACUGAGUGCUGUAGGCAGAUUCUGGAACCCGGUGUUGAAUACCUGCAUUUUCUGUGAUAAUAGAAUUCUCUUCAUUUAACCUACUCAAAUAAUCCCAAGCCACCUUUAGUUUAUUAACAAACCAAGGAGCUCAUUUGUGCAAGAUGCAAAGCAGCUAUGUUUCCCGCUUCUCUGGCUUACCAGCAGCUUGUAUUGUGUUGGGUAGGUGUGUGUCUUGCUUGGAAAACCAGCAUGGCAGUGCCCAGUGAGAGCAUGACCCACCCUGGUGGUGUUAAAUGGAGUGCCAUGGACCUCCAGCAUGGGGUCCUGACCCUGGGUGUUUGUGUAUGCCUACAUGGCUUGAGAGCGCCCUCCUGCCAUGAGAUCUGGGCUGCAGGAUCCUCUCCAAAGUGGGAGAAAGGUCCCCCUUGUUUCUGUGUCUGCACAGUGAGCAACCCCACCGUGGAAACGUGUGUGUGCUCCGCCCCAGAAUCACCUCCCGUAGCAGUAGGUGAGCACACUAUUCUGCUUGCUGAGCACCUGAAGGAGAGAAAAGAAUUCUAGUAGGGGUUAACUCCAGAAGGAAGCAAAAGCCUUAAGAAUGUGAAUGUGGCAUUACCUUGGGAUUCUGGGGAUAAUAUUUAUCUUCCAGACUUAGCCAUACAAAGGAAAAAUCUGACGUUAAUGCAGCCAGGGGAUAUUGGGAUCUGUUGUUUCCUUUGCUGCUGCAGCGUCUCAGUUUGUCCGCAGCACUGACACACACAACAAAAUUCCUUUUCCCCAACAAAUUGAACAGGAAAUUGGUUUUCAAGGAAACCAACAUUUUCAGGUUUCCUCUCCCGGGGAACAUUCUGGAUAGUCUGCAGCCCGAUGAUGACACAGUCAGGAACUCGUCACAUAUUUUCUACUCAAGAUUUCCCAAGUGGACUUGGCUAGUAUUUUAACAAAUGUACAUUUAAAACAAUAGAAAUACCAGUUUAAGAACAUUUAGAUGUAAGUAACAGGCAACUAGAGAAGCAAUUUUACUGAGCACACAGAAUGUCCUUAUAAGGGUGAGCUGUCCGUUAUGUUUAGAGAUGCUCUGAAUGGUUUUUCUGAGCCAUUCUCUUCCUUUCUUUAGGGGUCUUCAUUUAAUGUUAAAGUUUAAGAUGGUACCCAUAAUACAGUCUAGUGGUGAAGCUCAUAUUUUAAAGCCAGUAUUACAGAUUUCAACAUUUCAUCAAACUAAUUCAAAUGCCAGGGACUAAGGCAGAAGGAGGAGAAAUGAACUCAUCUUGAGAAAUUUCAAAUAAUGGAUCUUUUUGUUGAUGUUGUUGUUUUGCUUCUUAUGUUUAUGCAUCUGGUUCUGUUUGCUGCACUGGCCCCUAAAAAUGAGGUCACCCACUUUCCAGGGGGUGGGUUCCAGAACCAGAGUUGAGAGCAGACUCAUUCUUGGACAAGUAUUUUACUUCCUUUUCUGCGUAGAGUCUCAGUCCAUAUCUUGCGCUGGAGAUGUAUAUACACAAAGCUUGGGGGGCUUUUGGAGGUUAUACAGGUAACAGAUCACGUAAAGGGCUCCAGCCCUUAUAGCUCUAUCUCGGAUUUUGAGCAUUGUGUUUUGCUUGUUUCUGUUUUCUGCUUGACUGCAUAUGGGGAAAUCUGGAAUAAUCUAAACUAGAAAUACACAAUUCAGUUCUUUCCCGAAGGCCUGCCUCCCUUUUAGUGACAGAGUAUUGCCUGUUGGGCUCCAGUGCUUCUGUCACUAGCUAUAGAUCAUUUGCUGUGUUUUACAGUUAUCCGUCACUAUGUAUAUUUUCCCUGUCUGUCUUCAUUUUGGGGUAUGAUAAUGAAGCCGCCAUACUGGAUAUUCUAUUAAUAUUUUGAGAUGUGUGGUGCUUUGCUAUUUAUUAAUACCAUGAGAAACAAGGAACCACUAUGACUGAACUAUCAAUUCCAGCAAAUCCUUUCUGAUACUAAAAGACUAAAUUAGUCAAAAUGUGGUAAUAUUAGUGCUUGCUAUUAUACAUGUUUGCCAUCUUUGAAAAAAAAGUGAUCUGGAUCACACUGGAAAUUUCACUGUAUUCAUUUUAAGAAUGAAAAUGGAAGGAUGAUUAUCUUAUGUUUACACUUUGGUAAUAUUUGAAAAUGGAUGUAAAUACUGGAAAUAUCUGUAAGUCUCAGUCUCUGCACAUAAUUUAUGAUCUAUUAUAUUGCAUUUCCUUAGUCUUCAAAUAUUGUUCUUUGUUUUCAGUUUAUUUGUAUACUUCCAAUGUUUAGAUUAAUGACCAGCUGAUAAUAUUAUUAAUCAGAUUCUUUUUCUUCAAAUCAUUUCAUUUGUGUUAUAACUGUUUUGAUUUUUAACUUAAAUUAUAGUAAUUUUCAUCUGAAUUUUUGUUAAUUUUUUAACAUUACUACUUAAAACUGCUGAAAUUAUAAGAGGCACUUGAUUUGAUUGUCCAGCAAAGGAUAAACUGUAACUGACUGGUGAAAAGGCAUGAAAACAGAGUGAAGGGCCUCAGGACUUGGGAGCAUUUUGUUUUCCUACUAUUUUUGUUUUGUUUUGUUUUUUUGUUGUUGUUAUCAACUCUAGUGCAUGAUGCCUAAGUGAGGUACCAGUGCCGUAUGCAAUUCCUGCUCUAAUGCUAGUGGUUUUUAGUAUCCUUGCAAUUUAACACAGAAAUGUUGCUUCAUGAACCUUUAAAGCUUGGCGGUUUUUUUCUUUAUUAGAAAAUGAACAAAAAGAGAAUAUCUGGUAUAUUCUCUAAACGACAGCUCUAUAUGACUCUGGCAAUAGCCAAAAGUGUUUGGGAAUAUAGGCAGUGCUUUGGGGGACAGGGUGUGUGUGGUGAGGAGUGUCUAGGUCAGGAUUUUCCAUUGAAGGACUUCAGUUUUGUAACAGAAUUACCUUCUUUAAGUCCAUCUCCCUUAAACUAACUCCAGUUCAUGUAAUGGUUUUCUCAUCCUCGUUCAUAUUCUCUCUCUCUCUCUCCCUCCCUCUCUCCCUGAAUCAGAAGUUAACUAUGCUGUCUUUCUUUAGCUGUGAGUUGAUGAAUUUCCCACCCUCAACAUCACAUAAGCAUCAUCUUUAACUCCAGCGCUAAUGCCAACCUCAGCUUUUAAGAGGGAGGCAAUGGGAACACCUGCCUGGUGCUCCUGUUAUCCUUGGAAACCAAGUGGCAAGAGGAAGUGAGGACCCAAAUUAACCCUCGCCACUGCCUGUUAUUCUGCAGUCAUCUCUACUCUGAAAUCUUAAGAUGUCCAAGGCCGGGUUACAAAUAUAAUCACAGAUUGUUUGACUUUAAAUGGCCCUAUGGUUUUUGCUCAAGACAAAUAAUUCUCAUCUAGGUUCUUUGUGUCAUUGAAUUAGCAUGCGCUUUGAAAUACAUUUUAAAAGGUAAAUUUUGCAUUUAUAUGGAUAUUCUAAUUCGUUUAAAAAAGUGUUCAAAGUUUAUGUAGACAGGCCUAAAGAGAGAAAACCAUGUGUUUAACAGUGGGAUUUAAGGAGAUUCUUAAGAGAGGUGUCUUAACGAUUUUUAAAGAAGUAACUACACUUUGAAUGUGUGGUAGCCCCCUCAUUACACUGAGAUAUUUAAGAAUUACCAAAUUCCAUCUGAGUAACUGAAUGCAGCAUCCCGAGAGAGACAGCAGCACCGGGGUUCAUGUCACCUCCUUAAGUCCUGAGUGGCUUCUGAAUUUUCAGAUUUGAUCAAGGAUCUGCCUGUAAACUCUUCUGAAACCUUGAAGCCUUGAAGGAUGAGGGAAAUGAAAUGUCCAUAUUUUCUACUACAAUUGUUUUCAUGAUGAUGAUGGGGUGGGAAGUAAAUUUCUAAAAGAAAACAGGGUUGUAAGAAAUAUGAAUGUGGUUGCUGCAAUUGACUCCUGAAAAACAGUCCUAGUCUGCAGGCAGAUUUUAUUUAUGUUUUCCUUAGUUAUUUAAAGUCUCAGGAAACUGAAUCUUGAUCCAUAACACUGCGGGGGGGGGGGGGGGGGGGGUGUAGGAGGGAGAAUAACACCAGGACUACACCAGUAGUAUUUGCAUAACAAAGUAGCAGUGUAGAACAGACCCAACCAAGAAGCCUGAAGGCAAAGAAGAAGCCUACAGGAUCCAUGUCCCCCUGGGAAAUGAAGCCUGGCCUUCUCACCAGUGGUGAACAGAGGAUCCUUACAUGACGUGUUGAGGGAACGAUUCUUACUUGAAGGCUCACAUACAUAAGUGUGUGGACCAAGUACAGCACGUGACUCACUUCCAAAUCUACAGAGUGGGGAAGUCAAGAAACAGGAUGCUUUCCCAUCCUUGGCCCUACCCCAACCUUUAGCGCUUAAGAUUGAAGACUGAGUAAGAGGCAAGGGAUAAGGGAACAAGAGGCAACUUCUCAAUAUUGUGCAUGCCACUUGUGUAGCUAUUCAGACUACAUAUGUGUGAAUAUCUCUCUCAUCUCGCGCACACAUCCCGCAAUGACGUGGCAUUAAAAUAGAUGCUGUCUUUGGAACUUAGUGUUGUCAGUUAGAACCCCAGCAGUAAUCAUAGCCUUAUUGCCACUUUUUGUGUUGUGUAUACAUUGAAUGGCUCAUAAGAUUUUAAGAGAUUAUUUUAAUGUAUUUCUUCUACUAAAUGCACUUAAUCCUAUAUGUCUAUAUAUUUUGGUAAAAUUGGUUUAUUAGAAACUUGGUAUUUUAGUAAGCUAAACUUUUCCUCAAAUGUUUGAUUAAUGCUUUGAUGUCGAGAUUGCACAUCGCUGAGUUGCAACUCAGAAGUUUCUGCCACUUCAGGCAUUUUCAACUGCAGACCGCAGUGUCCUUUGCUAAAAAUUGCACUGCGUGUUCUUGUGCAUUUGCUCAUGCUCUAAUAUGACACUUUUGGUAGCUGUGAUAUAUAAGCCACUAACUCCUGGCUCUCUGAUGGCAGCAUUGUCAUUCCGUGACCAUUUAUUUCCUCUUCUGCUGAGUGGUAGCCUGGUUAGGUCAUUGCCAAAUGAACAUGAGUGUGAGCGUGUUGUUGGAAGGUGUAUACUUCUAGUUCUCUGGCUGUUUUUUAGACAACCCAGGUUCUCUGUUAAGGAUUUCAUCUUUCAUCUGUGAAAGAACAAUUCGCCAAAGAUAGUUAAAUUAAAAAGUGGGAAUUAAGAAGCACUCCGGCUAGAAAACACCUCCCAACAGCAUCAGACUUCAUUAGUGCUUAGUGAAAUCUCUUAAAUAUUUAUGUGUAUGUUUUCCUUAAUAUUAUUUAUGGUCAUCACUACUGCUUUUGUAUUUUUUAAUGGUGUUACAAUGGAACCACAAGUAUACAUGCUGCAUAUGACUAACAAACUGGCCGGCUGAAAAAAUGAAAAAAGAGAGAGAAUGAUUUAAGUACCAUUGUAAGAAAUUGGUUUGUUUUCAUCUUUCUUUAAAGGGGGGUAAAAAGUUGUUUGAAAGUCAUUUUAAGUCCAAUAAAUAUGGAUAGCAUGUUAUCUGAAUCUUGAUUUGUACCUUUCGGUGUCCAAUCAUUUGCAUGGAAGAGACAAUAGUGCCACGUCCGAAUUGUUCUCUGUGCUUGGUUAAUAUGUAUUUCUCUAGAUUGUUCCAUUUCAAAUGGCAUUUCUUACUCUUUGAUUUUCAGAGGCAUUUGAAGCAAGAUAUUCCUUGUUUUCUGACCAAUCUAAAAAUACGUGUGAUUAAGUUUAAUUUGUUAGUGUAAAUAAGUUUCUUGCCAAUGAGUAUUAUUGUUGUUAGACAACGAAUGCAAUAAAAAGAGUAAUACUGA